AUUAAUCAAAGAAUAAUCAUGCUUAGACAGACUAGAAAGUUUUCAUCAUUUUCUAAUGGAUUUUUCAUAACUACACCAAUUUAUUAUGCAAAUGCUGCACCGCACUUGGGACAUUUAUAUUCUUCAUUAAUUGCUGAUACGAUCAAUCGUUUUGAGAAUUUAACAUCAUUUCAUCGGAAUAUAUUAUUUAGCACUGGCACUGAUGAACAUGGCAUGAAAGUACUUCAAUCAGCUCAAAAGCAUAACGUAUCAAUAGAAAAUUACUGUAAAAGUAUAUCAAGUCAGUACAAAAAUCUGUUUAAAGAGAGCGGCAUAGAAUAUUCGAAUUUCAUCAGAACAACUGAUGAUCAACAUAAAAUAGCUGUUACUGAUUUGUGGAACAAGCUUAAAGCACAAAAUGCAAUUUAUAAAGAUAAAUAUAGCGGAUAUUAUUGCUUACAAGAUGAAACAUUUUUGAGUGAAUCCCAACUAAAUACUGAUCCAAUAACUGGAAAAAAGACAUCAAUAGAAAGUGGACAUCCUGUUGAAUGGUCAGAGGAGGAGAAUUACAUGUUUAAAUUGACUGAUUAUCAAGAAGAUGUUAUAUAUUGGGCAAAACAUGAAAAUCGAGUGGUUCCGAAUAAGUUUAAUAAAAUUUUGCUUGACAUGCUUCAUAAUGAAAGGUUACCAGAUCUCUCAAUUUCAAGACCUAGUUCCAGAAUGACUUGGGGAGUUCCAGUACCUAACGAUAGUAGUCAAAACAUUUAUGUUUGGUUAGACGCAUUGACCAAUUAUUUGACAGUUGCUGGAUACCCAAAUGAAAUGAAAAUAUGGCCUCCAAAUGUUCAAGUGAUUGGAAAAGACAUUCUUAAAUUUCAUGGAAUUUAUUGGCCUGCGUUUUUAAUUGCUGCAAAUUUAGAACCUCCAGAGCAAUUACUUGUUCAUUCUCAUUGGACUGUGGAUGGACAGAAAAUGUCGAAAAGUAAAGGAAAUGUAAUUGAUCCAAUGGAAAGAUCGAAACUUUAUUCAUUCGAAGGAAUAAGAUAUUUUCUACUGAGAGAAGGUGUACAGCAUAGUGACGGAAAUUAUAGUGACGAAAAAAUUAUUAAAAUAUUAAAUGCCGAGCUUGCUAAUACCCUGGGAAAUUUGUUUUCGCGAGCAUGUGCAAAGUCGUUAAAUCCAGAGCAAAUAAUCCCAAAAAUUGAUCCAGAACAAAUGAAUGAGCUUAUAAAGAAUGAGUCUUGUAAAAUCUUAUUUGAAAAAAUGACAGAGCUACCUGAUAUAGCACGUAAAUUUUAUACAGAAUAUAGUUUUCAUCUGGUUGUCGAUUCAGUAAUGUCAACUUUACAUGCUGCAAAUGGAUUUUUCGAAUCUGCAAAGCCAUGGGAGUUUAAAAAUAGUAAUGAACACUCAGACAUGGCAAAAUUAGAUACUAUAAUUAGUAUAACAUUAGAAUGUUUGAGAAUUUGUGGAAUAGUAAUGCAGCCCAUAGUUCCAAAUUAUAGUAGUAAACUUUUAGACAGACUUAAUGUUUCAAAAGAACUUCGAUUUUGGAAAGAUACAAAAUUAAAUCUUGCCAAAAUAAAUCGUUCACUUAUGGUUUGCAGUUGA